AUGCGGAGAGGAAGGGAGUCUAAUGGGAAGCUAUGGCUCCGGGACUUCCUCCCUAAUCAGGUUCCACGCGCCAGCAUAAUGCUCUUCGGUUAUAUUUCCAAAUGGAGGAUUGUAGUAAAGGAGGUAUUCAAUCCAUGCCAUGUCAAAGCCCACGCAAAAGCUGACACCAAUAGUCGCUCGUGCAAGCGAGACUUGUUAUUUGCGUGCGAAGAUGAUGAUGACUAUAAGCGUGUCUCUUCGCUGAUUGCUGAGCUUGUAGCAUCAACAAAUUUCCGAUAUGACACGAUCCCUGAACGCCAGACUAACUGUAACAGAAAGUCUCACAGCACCCCCGGGGCAUCUGUAUUUUGGGUCCAUGCCAGCAGUAUCGACCGUUUUAAAGAAGGAUACUGUGGUAUUCUUGACGCAUGCGGGUUUUUUUCCGAAGCAGAUAAUCGAGAUUCUGACAGGGCGAUGCUUUGGCUGCUCAUCAUCGAUAAUGCUGACGAAGCCUCGUUGUUUACUUCCGAGGGCAAUAUCAAACGGGGUAAGAUGGGAACAGCAACGCAAGCACAUAAGCAUCUAUCAAUCUUGGAUUACCUCCCAGAUUGCUCCCAUAGCUCAAUCAACAUCACAACUCGAGAUCAAGUAGACGAACUUACUAAAUUACUCGAGCAUCUGCCGCUUGCGAUAGUACAAGCUAUGUCUUUCAUACAGGAGAAUUCACUAAUGGUGGGUGAAUAUAUCGAUUUAUACAAUGACAGCGGUGAAACUCGGAUGGAUUUACUCUGCGAGCCAUUUGAAACUUUAGGAAGGGAGACGGAGGUCCCAAAUGCCCUUGCUACGACGUUAAUGGUUUCCAUUAACCACAUUAAGCAGCGAGACACCAAUGCCAUUGAAGUCUUAUCACUGCUUGCUUUCCUUGACCAGUACCAUAUUCCUAAGAGUUUACUCCAAAAAAAAGUGAAGAAGGCACUAGAUCUCGUGAAGGCCCUAGGCACAUUGAAGGGUUUCUCUCUUAUCACCCUUAGCAGGGACAAAGACAAAUUUUCGUUCUAUCGGUUGGUGCAACUACUGAUACGUAAAUGGCUGAUAAUCGAGGACGACUUUGAGGAGAAAGCCGGCCGCUGUAAUAGGGCCGAGCAACUAGAUCUUCUGAUAUUGGAGGAAAAGAAGCAGUGCUUUGGUAGGGAACAUCCAAAGACUUUGGAGAAAGCAGAAGCAUUGGAUAUGCAUAUUGUCGAGACAAGGAAAAAGCUGCUAGGGCCACGCCACAAUCUUACUUUGAUUAAUAUGGCAAACCUAGCCUCGGCAGAGACUCUGAGAAUGGAAGUUCUAGAAGAGAGAAAGUCAAUCUUCGGUAAGGAACAUGGCAGCACAAUCGACGCUAUGGCUAGCCUAGGGGCUCUCUACCUGUUACAUGGCUCAGCGCCGACACCAUGGCUCGAAGAAGCUGGAAAACAGGAAUCGGUUCCAUAUGAUAUGCUGGCCAGAAAACAUAGACUAGCGACGAUAUAUUGGAACAAGGGACUCGUGAGAGAGUCCGAAAAUCUCGAAGGGGGGCUGUUCAAAGAAAGCAUUCAAAAGCUAGGUCAGCACCAUCCUCUCACGUUGAAAUGCAAAUACUCUGUGGCAGUGAUCCUAAAGCGUCGUGGUCGAGAAGCAGAGGCAAUCCAGUUGUUGGUCGAGACGACAAAUGACGAGGAACAAGUACUGCGGCCAUUCAACGAGAACGCUGUGGCAUCUAUCGGGACAUUGUCGGAAUGGUGUGGCGCAGACAAGGCUAUAGGCAUGCUUCUAGAAGCUCAGGAAGCCCGGAAUAAAUAUUCCCACGUCACAGAGGGCUGGGAGUCUAUCUUGAACCUCCCUCAACAGAGGGAAUUGAGCUGA